AUGACCUACAACAAGUACAGGGAGGUACCAAAGACGAAAGAACAGAACCACGUGGGGUCAGUGUUAAGCACAUCGUCUAUGAACACAAAGAUUAGAUGUGCCAGUACGUGUGAUAACUCCGAGUGCAUUUCCUUCUCCUACAACUCCGUCACACAUGAGUGCAAGACGUACAGCGAUGAAAUAUGUUACAGAGACGACGGCGUCGGGUCAUCUUCACUCAAAUUCUACACGAAAAUUGUCCAGUUUGUCUCUCUUAGUAACUGUGGAUAUGUCCCCACUGCCUAUUGUUCAGGAGUGUACACCCUUACACCUGCAACUGGCAAUGUCGUGUCCGCGUAUUGUGAUAUGGACACUGCAGGGGGACCGUGGACGAAUAUGAAGCUUCGGAUUGAAAUGGAAGGCUGGAGCGCCCCCCGUAAGCAUGUAGAAUACACUACUUUCAACGUUUCUGACGAGGCUACCGAAUACACAUUGACUAUUGGCGGAUACAGUACGCCAGACGAACUAUUUAACGCACUCAAUGCACAUAAUGGCUGGCCUUUCAGCACCCGUGACAAUGAUAACGACGGUUUCAGCGGCGAUUGUGCCAGUAGUGCACACGGAGGAUGGUGGUAUGAAGCCUGCAUUGACUGCAAUCUGUUCGGGAAUUACACUUCAAACAACGGUUAUAGUGCAAUGCUCUGGAAAUACUUCUACCCUACUGACACGAGCUACACAGCUAUCAAGACACUCAGGCUGAUGCUGAAGGAGAAAUAG